AGGGCUACAAGAUGGAGAAGUCGGAAGCGCGGCGACGUCACGAUGCUGCGGUUAAAUCGCCUGAGAAAGGCGGCGGCGCGGCGGCGGGAGGUGGUGGAGGAGGAGGAGAUGCGGCCGGGGAGAUGCCGGCCGGAUCGGGCACGCUCUUCAUCAGGCUGCUGGCGGCCGUCUUCUACGGGGUCAGCUCGUUUCUCAUCGUGGUGGUGAACAAGAGCGUGCUGACGAGCUACAGAUUUCCUUCAUCAAUAUGCGUGGGCCUGGGUCAGAUGUUGGCAACUGUGGUUCUGCUGUGGGUGGGAAAGGCAUGCAAGGUGGUGCAGUUUCCUGACCUUGACUCUUCUAUACCUCGAAAGACAUUUCCGUUACCUCUGUUGUACAUCGGGAACCAACUCUCAGGACUGCUUGGCACAAAGAGGCUGAACCUCCCGAUGUUUACAGUGCUGAGGAGGUUCUCCAUUUUGUUUACAAUGAUAGCUGAAGGCUUAUUGCUCAAGAAAGUAUUCUCACGGUCGGUUCAAAUGACAGUAUUUGCGAUGAUUCUGGGGGCAUUUGUUGCUGCAAGCUCCGACAUGGCAUUUGACUUGAUUGGGUAUGGCUACAUUCUUGUCAAUGACGUGCUGACUGCCGCAAAUGGUGCUUAUGUAAAGCAAAAGCUGGAGUCUAAAGAGCUGGGUAAAUAUGGGCUGCUGUAUUACAAUGCUAUCUUCAUGAUUCUUCCCACGAUAGCCGUGGCAUAUUUCACAGGAGAUCUGCACAGGACGGCAGAGUUUGACGGCUGGACGGACAAGCUGUUUGUGGUGCAGUAUCUGCUCUCCUGUGUGAUGGGGUUUAUUCUAAUGUACUCCACACUACUGUGUACUCAGUACAACUCCGCUCUCACCACCACCAUAGUUGGUUGUAUUAAGAAUAUUUUGGUGACCUAUAUCGGAAUGGUUCUUGGCGGAGAUUACAUUUUCACAUGGACCAACUUCAUUGGAUUGAAUAUCAGCAUUGCUGGAAGCCUGGUCUAUUCCUACAUCACCUUUACAGAGCAACAGUCCAGCAACCCCCCAGGGAACAAUGGCAGUGGAGAGAAGGGGAAGAUCGCGGUGUGACCAGGGAUCAUAAGACUAUUUUUUAAUAGACCUACAUGUAUUUUUCAGACAUUGAUUUUUAUAUGUAUACUAUAUGUAUGUUGUGUGUGUAUAUGUGUGUGUGUGUAUACACAGUGCUGCCCACUUUACUCGUACCUGUUUAUAUUGACGUCCUGCGAAUGUUGGCAAAACUUUUAAGUCUCGGACCCUCCCUUCCUCGUACAGGAACAAGUCUCUAACAGCAUUGAGGAGAUUGUGUUCUUACCGUUUAUGUGGACGCACUGGUUGGUUUAAACCUUGCCGUGUCUGGCUGCCCAAAGAGCUGAAACGCCCCACUCGAGCUUUCUGGUGUGCGUCACUUGACCGCUCCCCCUGGCAUCACGGAGAGCGGCGUUCAGUGUGCGUCUGGACUACAAUCCCCAGCCAGUGACUGAUAGCAUCCGGUUCGUUCGUUCAUGUCAACCGGCUAACGUAGACAAAACCUGCCCUGUCCCCACCGUGUCGACAUAAACAGGAAGGACUGUAUACACUUCUUCAAAAAGUUGGGAAUUGCAAGACAAUUAGUCAGAACUACUCUUGAGACCCAAGAUUGGUAUUGGCAAAAAAAAUCCUCUCUUUUAAAAUUCCUUUGUGCUUUAAUUAUCUGUCAUGUUUUCCUCUCCACCCAGAGUUUCCUGUACCCAAUGCACUGCACUGUCUACACACAGUCUGAAAGCUUUGCUUGUGCCUGUGUGAAAGAAGAGAGCACCAGCAUGGACAUGAUGGCGGGAGGGAACGAGAGAGCAGGGGACUAGAGAGUGAUAGGGUGGGAGGGCGGGAGCACCAGCACAGACACAUAAUGUUCAUACUUAAUGCUAAAACCUUGACAACUAGUACAGCGGUGGCCAAACCGUCAAAGUGUCCCAUCGAAUAUU